UUUCCGAUUCUCCCAACAUGGCCGUUCGGUUUACCGACUGAGCCGAAAGAGUCAUUUAACAGUUCAUCUUGUGUGCAUUCGGCGCAUUUUUUAUUUCGUUAGCCAGGAACAGAAUUUUAUGAGGUUAUCAACUUCAACCAAUAACACUAACAUCGCAUAGACUCAAAAGAACGAUUCAGAUGGACUUGUGAACUGGCUGACUGAUUCAUUCAAAAGAAUCGGUUCAUAUGAACGAUUCAUUCAUGACGCGGGCAUCAUUAGAAAGGGAACAAGAUGAGGGAUUGAAAUAAAACCCCAAACAUGGAGGACAGUUUGGACGCUUUGUUAGACGAGGUUGAAGCAAAGUUUUGUCGAGAGAUUUCGCUGUCGCAUCGGCCUUCAUGCACUUUAAAAUUCGAGCAAGACAGCAACAGACAACAAAGCAAUAAUGACUCCGUGCUCAGAUUUUCAAAUCCACAUGAAGUUGAAGGAGUUGACAAUAACAUUGAGGCUGUGCUUCAUGAAAUACUAAAUGAUGAUGAUUAUCCAGCCUCCAGUUCACACAGACCUGUUUUAUCAAAACCUUGUGCUAUGGAGUCUUGUUCUCAUACAGCUUUAAAGAAGUGUUGCCCUGUAUAUUUGGGUGGAAGCUCUACAGCAUGUGGUGUGGGAACAAGUGUUACGCAGAAGGCUUGUGACCAAAUAAGAUGUACAUCUUGUGACUUUCGUGUCAUCAUGUUUGAUGACCAGGAGUGGGACUCUUCCUGUGACUAUCUGUUUUUCAGCUCAGCGUGUCAGGAGGUUGGGGGUCAGAGCACAGGGUCAGCCAUGUUACAGCACCCCUGGAGCAGAGAGGGUUAAGGGUUUGCUCAAGGGCCCAAUAGUGGCAGCUUGGCAGUGCUGGGGCUUGAACCCCUGACCUUCCAAUCAGUAACCCAGAGCCUUAACUGCCAAGCCUGUGGGUUUGUUUGUUAAUGGGUGUUUGUGUCAUUGCACAAAUGUAAAAAAAAAUUAGGCAGAAAAUAAGUGCCAUAAUACAGUAAGGGAAUGUGACAGAAGAACACAUUUUUUUGACAUGGAAACAUAAAGAUGCAAAAGGCAGCAACUCUGAUAAAUAGAUUUUCCACAUGACUGCAACAUUUUCUUAUCGUGGGCUUUGUCUGGUUGCUCUAUUUUGUUUUUUCACCAUCUAACAGUAUUAUUUUCAUCAUCUGUUUAUGACAUGAUUGCAUCUGUAAUUAUUCCAUUAUACACUUCUUGCAGUGACAUACUUAAACAGAGCAAGUUCUUAAAUGAAGGGGCCAAAGGGGAGGUUUUUUUUCCAAUGUAUUUACAAUGUAUUUUAGAGGUAUGCAGACUCUCUUAAUGUGCAUAGCUGGUUAAAAAUGUCACUGCAAGUCCAACACUUUUCAGAUUAAAGCACUCUGGUCAGAACCAGCAGCAGCAAGCACCAGCUGAACUGCACCAAGUACAAAAAGCGAAUGAGAUGUAGGAAAGUGGUUACAGAUAACAUCACUGCUGAUGACUAUCAUCAUCUAUCAUGCCACUAGAAGCUAAGGGCUUUCAUUUUUUUUAAAUCCCUAUUUAUUUAUUUUCAAUUAGCAGGGACAUCAUGGCAAGACACAUUGUUUUGUAUAUUGAUCACAUCAAGAUUUUUUCACCACUUGCUUGGUAUUUUUGCAUUUAUGCUUAAUUAUCUCCCUGUCUGUUUUAAUGAUCAAAUGAUAUGCUUGGGAAAUUCACAGGUUUAAUUGCAGAGAUGUUUGUGUGUGUCUGUUCAUACUUCCAACACUUUAUGUUGUGUCUUGUAGAAACAACAUGCCGGACAGUAACAAGUUGCGAGUGAAGCUAAAGAGGAGGCAAGGCGCUCGGGCGUAUGCCUGCCAGUGUAGCUGGCACUCUGCCUUUAUGCUGUCUGAACUCAGACACGUACCUAAGCUCAAGUGGGUUUGUG